AUGAGGACCAAGUUUUUUGAUUUUACUUUUUUUCUAGUGAAUAUCAUCGUUGCAAUAUCAUCGUUGCAACGCGUUGAAGAAAACAAGAACUACUUCUAUAUUCCAUGCCUGCGAAAUUACACAGAGUGGCACAAUUGUGACAUUGAUCGCCGCCACGCUGCAAUCAUUCUAGACAAAAACGGGUUGGAAUCGGACAGGGGCGACACUGCCCACAGUCCAAUGUCUCCAGAAGGCGAAUCUGUGGACCUUGAUAUGCCGGUCGGUGAAUCAGCGAGCUCGCCGCUGGACGGUGACACUGCUCCUCUCAACGUCUCUAACAACGAAUCUGGCGAUGAGGGGCCUAGAAAGAGAUCCGCUAGCCCAACAGCAAACCAGUCAACAUGGGGAGAUAAUCCGGCUAAGGUUGGUUGUCAUAGAAACAAAAUCUGCACGGAGGGAAUCGACCUGUGGGUUCAAUCAACGAGUGAGGCGACAGCUCCCGAUGUGUCACAGACGUAUCAAGAAAACCAUGAUAUGCUUGUCUCAAUGGGCUUUAAUUCGGAUGAAAUCGACACAGCUUUAAGAAUGUCAAACAACGAGGUUGAAAAAGCAAUUCAGUACUUAACUCGAGAGAUAACUGGUUUGGAUGCUGCUUCGAAACCGUCAUCAUCUGUAGAUAAGCCGCAGAAACAAUGUUAUCCUUUAAACGAAAUGCUGAGAAGUCAAUUUGUGGAAAGUGACGAAGAGGAUCUGGCUGAUGAUAUGAAAUUAGUCUGGGACGAAGAAUCAUUUCAUAGACUCCGAGUGAUUCUUGACAACAACCAUCGCUAUGUGAUAUUCCGGCAAAACGGCACAUUACAUCGAAGAAUGAUGGUAGCAACCAAUAUCUUGCGAGCGAAGAAAAACGAAAAGAUGGCGGAAGUUAUUCAUUUCGUCGAUGAAAUUUUGUACUUCGUCAUUGGAAGACAUGUGAAUUGCAGCGACGUCAGACCUGGAUUUGAGUUACUCCGACAGCUUCUCGAACUGCAGCCGCCAUAUAUUGGUGAAAGUGAUGCACAUAUUAUCGAGCAGUUUUACAUUGCCAUAACUCCUCUUCUAUGUGCUCGGCUCAUGGUUCCGCCGAGCAGCGUGAAAACUGUAUUGGCUAUCGAUGAAAUGUUCAACUACCGUAACAAAUUCUUCAUUCAAGGGGUGCAAUUCAUCGAUCUUGAGGAUCGUGAAUAUCCUCCACUGAAAUACAUGGACAUCGAUAAACUGGAGAGGAUUGAGCACAAACGCAUCUAUGCAUAUCUCACAGAUGUGUUUGUGGAGGCUCUAGUUCCCAUGAUGGACGACAGAUUUGAAGUAGAAAGUGACGAAGAAUUCUUUGAAGUUACGCUGCUAGAUCUCCAAUGCAUUCUCAGGACUUUAAAUAUCUUCAGUAACUAUAUGUGCCGAAAUAAUGAUUUGUUCCUUUGCAAGUUAGAAACUUGGAUCGAGAAAGCUCUUGAUCGCUACAGAAUCGUUAAUGACAAGGAAAUUCGUGAUGCACUUAUACGCAGACAAGGACUGGAUCUCCUUCAAGAAAUUGUUGUGCUCUGUGAACGAUUCAAUUUAGAUGUUGCUACAACGACACAACGAGCAAGACUAGAUUAUCUCCGCAAAUGGAUCAAAUGUCCACAGAUGGAAAGCAUAUUGCAUGCUCUAGAAGAACUCGGAACAAUAGCUGAUCGGUUUCACAGAUCGGGAGGAAUGACUAUCACUCGUCCGAAGGCUAGCGUGAAGGAGGAAUUUUUCAAGAAAUGGCUCGAGGAAAACAAGGUUCUACAGAUUGUUUUGACUGGAAAUAUGGAUCAUGUAGUAUACGUGGAGCGCAUUCAACCCAUUCUACAAUAUAUGACUCCUGAGUUGACUCUGGAUGAUAUGAAGUUUAUUUGGUCGCUCAGAAAAGGAAGGAUGGGUGUUAGUGUGGAAAAUUUUAAUAAGAUCAUGGAGUUCAUCUCAAAGUCUGUAACCGACGAGCAAAUCGAAUGGCUUAUCGAACUUUUCAAGAAGAGUUUUCGAAGUCGUGAAACGCGUCUUUACGAGCCUAUUUUCAACUUCGCCUAUAUUAUCGCCAUUCAAAAAGAGCGGGACGAUGAGUGCAAGUUGAAGAUCUCCAAAAUAAUGUGGGAGCUGAUUUUCAUUGCGAGAGGCCCACCAAGAUGUAUGUCGUUCAAAUCGAUCGAGCACGGAAUGAGGAAACAUUGUGAUCUAAUGAAUCUUAUGUUUGACAAAUCUGAAAGAGACGCCUUCUUGGGAAAAGUCCUGGACUGUUUGGAGUCAGAUGAGCAAUUCAACGAGAUCAUUGUCACAUACAUGUACAUCAUGCUUGAGAAGUUAAAACGGCAGUUUGGCUCGAAGAGACACAUCGGCACCGCAGAUGACGGAUCGGCUAGAGCGAAUGAGCUGAGAGCUCAACUUCGUGAACGGCGUAUAGGUGACUCCAUGCUGAGUCGUUUAGAACACAUUCGUCGAGUGGCACAUGAGCAGUUCGAUGCGUUGCAGCAAGUCAGUCAAGAUUCACAGUCCAACGCAGUAUUCGAGUCCACCAAUGACAUGUUUGGAGGGCAUCAUUUAGAAAACGUUCUUUCUACGCCUAUCUAUGGAUGCACUGACUACGCAUUCAUCCUUCAACACUCUCUUCGUCUUCUAAAAUGGCUCCAUGAUGCGGAUGCAACUAUUGUUGAUGUCGAAUAUGUAGAAAGACUGUUUGAUAUCUUCAUUAAGCGCCCUGAUUCAUCAUCUCAAGAAAGAACUGAAAUCUUCGGAUUUCUUCUCGAGGUUAAGUUGUUGAUGGUGAGACCUGAAACAUCACGAUCAAUCAUCACUCAUUUGUGUGACAUGGACAUGUUCACAUUGCAAAUCACUGGGUUGCGUUGCUUCUGCAAAUAUUGGGAAGAGCUGCCGAUCUUGAGCAACGAAGAGAAAGAACCCAUUGAAUCCUUCAUCUUUAAGCUUCAGAAAGAUAAUGAAUGUAAGUUGUUUGUUUGGAAACUGAUUCUUUUUAAUCAGUUCGAUGACGUCGUCGCUAAAUGCAUGGAGACGUUCUGUGAACGAGAUUUAGUUCUGGUCGAUUCCCCGUAUUCCGUUCGUCAUCAUACAUACAGUUUCCUGGCGGUGUUCAGUUUUUAUGUGGAGAAGCUGAAAAGUGAGCUUUACCAAAGAAAUGGCAUGCCGAACACCGAAAUCAAAUAUGAAACGGAGGAGCUUGCGCUCAGCGACGAGGAAAUUGAGCAAUACUAUGUUCCUCUCGAUGACAUGCUCACCGAAACUAUCGUGAGAGCUUUAAACAGACUUGUUCGGUUCAUGACUCGUUUUGUUGAACUUGGAAAUGAGAAGAAUCAUAUGAUAAGGGAGUUACCGAGUCAUGGAUCAUCGGUAUCAGGUCAUCCGGUCACCCUCAACAUUGAACUGAAAAACGACGAUGAUGACAUCGAUUGCGGUCUGAAUGCUUGGAAAACAUUGGUUUGUGAUUCGAGCACCACUAUCGGAGAGCUCAAAUUCCGUCUAGCAAAACGACUUCUGUUCCACGAAGGGAUGACUGAUUUCACAGUUCACAAAAGAGAAGAUGAUAUCACGAUGGGAGAAGCUAAUCUUCGAUAUGAUUUCUUGACGCUACAAAAUGUUAAGGUUGCUACUGAAACUGAUUCCAUUUUUCUUUCGGAAAAGAUUCGCAUUCUAGUGAAACCAAAAAGUUCGUUAAGGAAAUCAUCAAGUCGCAGAUCAGAUAGUCAGAUCUAUCAAGUGAACCAAAAGAAAGCUCUCAGGGAGGAUUUUCUUCCAAUCACUAUGAUUUCUAAGUGCAAUUUUUACGAUCUUCUCCACGAACUAUCAUCUAUUGGCGAUAAGCACAUUCGAGCCUCCGUGCGCAAACUGAUGCUUCUACUGCCCACUCAACCGUCUCUUCUAAUGCAACUAACAUUCAGCGAUACAAACACGGAGGAGCAAAAUGCUAAAAUCACAGAAAUGUACGAGCAAUACAUCAACCCUGCAGAUCCAGGCCGAAUGCUAUAUGCACUUGAAGCAAUCAGUUCUAUUAUUGCUCCCACGAGAAUGACAUAUACAGCAAUGACAAAGGCUUCUGAACUGAUAAAUGCUCUUCAAAUUAAAGAAAGCUUCGUGAUCAAAAAGCUGGUUUACGAGAUUCUCGCGAAACCGCAUGUUAUUCCACUCAACAAAUGCUCGUCUGGCGAUCGUCACUCAAUUUUUGAAAGAAUUUUGCAAAUCGUCAGAACCAGUUUCACUGGACGGAACGCUUUCAUCAAGACUGUCAAAAACGAGUUACGAGUUCGUGAUGAAAUGAAGAAGACAUGUGAUCGAAUGAUUCAAAGUCGGCAGAAUCCACGACCAAUAGAUCCGCCAAUGGAAUUCGCAUUGAUAAGACAACAAAUCGUGCCACCUGUAGGUAUUGAUCAUCAGCGGUGCCCCUAUUUGAACACUGAACUCGAUGUUUUCGAGUUCAAAAUGUCUUUCGGUACGUACAUGGCUACCAUCAAAGCUUCUCUAAAUGCAUGGGAGCUGGCUGAUUUGAUCCCAUUCUUCGAGAGAAUCCGCGAUUUUCAAUGGAUUCACGUGGCUACAGAGAGUCUCGUUGUCAAGCAGAUUGAUCCAUUCCGAGAGAAGGGUGCACCGCAAGAUCCACUGUCAGAAACUGCUAGUGAUUUGAUCAGAUCAGUCACGCGAGGAGAACGAUGGGGUGAUGAGUGCCGUCUCAUAAUCGUUAAGAAAGCAUUCGCUCUCGUCCGGCACAUUGUCAUCAGUUGGACUGAGAAAAGAAACGGUGCUGCAAUGCCACUUCUCGACACAAUCUUUCUAGAAAAAACUUGGGUGGAAUUUUAUCAGGAUGUUCUUGUCAACUCUCAACAAGAAGCUUAUCGGAAGUACUUACAAGAAAACAUCGUUAAAAUGGGAAAAGACAACUAUGAUAUCACAACACGUGCUUUGAGAAUGCUGAUCGAUAUGUUCAUGAUCCUUCCGCUACACAAAGGUUACACAUCAGAUCUUGACGAGCUUCAAAAAAGACAACGGCAUCACUGUGACGGAAUUGUGCAGACUGUAGUCGAAAUUUUCUUUUAUGAAACUUCAAGGAGAUGUCGGGACGAUCAGAAAGACCUUGAUUGGACGAAAAUAGGUCAUAACCCUAUCGAAAUCGUUCGUGAUCAAAUUCAAAGCGUAUUGAAGUACAAACCGCGGUUCAGUACAACGAACAAUGACAUCGCACUGACGGAAAAUGUCUACGCUGCAGCUAAGAUGAGAAUGAUUAAUUGUCUUCUGCCGUAUUGUAGUCAAGAUGAUAUUGAAAAUUGCUCAGGACAUUUCUUGAGUGCUAUCAUCAACGAUUUUCUGUUUCCGGAGCUUCCAGAUAUUGAAGAUAGUAUGUUCGAAGAAGAGUCUAUUCGUUGGGAAUACCAAGCAAGAGAAGUUGCCAUUCAAACGAUCAACGCCUUCUGUGAACGAAGCUACAUAAACUCAUAUAAUCUUCUUCGGCAUUGGAACAAGUUCCCGAUUGCACAAAAGGUAUAUGAUCCAUCAUACCGCCCAAUCACGCGUCCCAAAGCAUUCGAUAAAGUUGGAAUGAAAAACGAUGGAGGUACAUGCUACAUGAACGCAAUGAUUCAACAACUCGUCCAUGUUCCGGGUCUUUGCAAAGAUUUGAUUUCGCUUCAGAAUAUUGACCCAACUUUGAAAUGGGGAGACAACUCUGCUGCACUGCUCUAUGAGUUACAAAGAGUUUUCGCUCAACUCAACUUCGCUCAGUCUCAAGCAAUCGUUCCAAUUGGUUUGUGGAGAGAGUUCCGAUUCGAACCUGACAUGCCACUCAAUACUAAACAACACCACGAUGCGAUUGACUUCUACAGUAUCCUGCUCGACAAAUGCGAUAAUGUUCUGAAGAAGUUGGAGCUACCUCCAUUGUUCCAGAACAGGUUUUUCGGAAAAUACAGUUAUGAAAAGAUUUGCUAUGGAUGCUGGCAUCGUUACAAGAGUCCGGAUGAGGAGUUCAACUGUAUCUCGUUGGCGCUCAGUGGAGACAAUCUCGGAGAGGCCCUAGAAAACUUUUUGGCGCCUCAUGUAAUGGAAGGGGAAAAUGCGUAUCAUUGUGAGAAGUGUAAUGAGAAGAAGACCACUUUGAAUAGAUCAUCAUUCCUCGAGCUGCCAAGUACAAUGACCAUUCAGUUGAAGAGAUUCACAUAUGACCUUGUGAACAAUAUGAUCAGGAAGGACAACCAGUUCUUCAGUUUUCCAUUCGAAAUCGAUAUGACACCAUAUAUGACAACUUCUAGACAUGUUCCAGACGAACACGUGCAAGAUCUAUUCGAUGAGAUGCUCUAUGGAAACGGUGAGAAUGAUGAGCCAGCUUCUCCGCAACCGAACAAAGGAGCAACUGAAAAGUGCAAUCUUGGCUCUGGCUCCGCAAGUACGCCUUCGCUCGAGUCCCAACAGAAAAAGUUAUUCCGUCGUCAUCGAUCUUCCACUAUGCGUCUGUCUCAAUCUUUCGCCAACACGACAGGAUUCGAUACACCAACGCAACAACAACCUAUGAUCUAUGAACUGGUUGGUGUUUUGGCUCAUUCUGGAAUAGCAACCGCGGGACAUUACUACUCGUUCAUCAAAGAGCGUCGAGAUGAAUACAAAGAUUCGCCAACGUACGGAAAGUGGUAUCAAUUAAACGACUUGAGUGUAUCUCCAAUGCAUCAUAACAACAUCGAAGAUAUUUGGUACGGAGGAACGUUCACACAGGAAGGUGUAUUUAUUGGUCUCGAUGAGCGGAUAAGACACUGGAACGCGUAUGUUUUGUUCUAUGAGAAGAAACAAGAUAGACCGAGCUUAGCAAUUCCUCGUCACAUAAUUGAUAAUCAAGCCGAUGUAAAACCCAAAGUCACAUUCGAUGUUACUGAUGAGCAAAUGGAUGAUGGAGAGGAUCGAGUGAAAGAAGCGGAGGAGGCACAUGAAGUGGAGAUGACAGAAGCGAGAAGGUUGCGUAUUCGCAUGUUCAAUUCUCUCGAUCCAGCCCUGAAGAAGUUUUUGAACGAUGACUAUUGCAAAUUCCUCGAAGAUCGCGACUUUUUCUCCUUCGAUUUGUAUCAUAUCUAUAUCAACUCGUUGCUUCCAUUGAUGAGAAGGGAGGAAACGGUGGAAUAUAAUGUCACCGAAAUCGGAAGACCAGAGUUCUUCAAGCUUGCGUUCGAACACACCGCGUCCUACAUCAUUCGUGUCGCAUGGAUGAUGUUCGAUGAUAUCAGACCCAAAACUUUCCCACGUUCAGCUACUGAACUGAUAAAGUCUCUUCUUGUUCGUCACCCAGACAACAAGUUAUUCUUUUUCCGGUCAUUGGAAGCGAAUAAUUCGGAAAUGCUGAAUAGGUUGGUAGAAACAACUGAACAUGAUAUUCGGAUUUCAUUUUGGCAAUGCAUGAGAGUUGCUCUACGUUUGUGGGUGAUCGAAAACGGAAACAAGGACGAAAACAUCAUGGAACCAAGCCCUGAUUCUACUGAUAUAGAUGAAGAAGAGGAAGAUGAAGACGAGGAUGAUGACGAUGACGACUUGGAAGAUGAGGACUCAGAAACGGAGGAGAUGAUGCGACCGGACCUAAUGCGCCCUAACCCAAUGGCAAUCGUCAAUCAGUUGGUAAUGAAUCAAGCACGGCCACCGCAAUUGAAACCCAUGUUACCUGUCGAUCUAUCGAAGGCACGUAACCAACGUGUGAGUGUGAUUGACCCAAUCCAUUUCAUAAACAGUAAUUUCCAGCUGAACAUCGUCAAGAGGAUUGUGCAAGUUUUACCCUUCCGUAUUCAUCGUAUGGAGGGCUCUGGCCGGCAUUAUUCAAGAAGCUUGGUAGAUAUUUUAUACAUGAUCUCAAGGCUCAAUGAUUUUGGAAGAAAUGUUCUUCAACUUUGUCAAGCUCUGCCCAUUGUUGCGGAGUUUCUCUGGGAAGAUUAUUCAACGGUUUGUGUAACCAUUGUAUUAUCGAAUAUGAUCUUUGAUUUUCAGGUUUUCUGUCGACUCCGGUUCUCGGAAGAUCGUUUGAAGGGCGUUGGACUUUGGCCAAUAUUGCCUGGGCUCUACUUCGAGCUCCUUCUCGAUACAAUGAACAAAAGCUUGCAACAUAUUAUUGAUCCUCAUAUGCAUUUCCGGCAUGCUGUUAUGACAACUCAAGGAAAGUUUGUGAAUGAAACACUUGUUCUUUAUUGCGCUUCUCGGGAAGAAUAUGAAACGACGGAAGGGAAAUCAGUGAACGACGAGAAGGCUUUGCACAACCGAAUUCUACUCUGCUAUGUUCGCCAAAUUCAGCUAAUUGCGAGAUCGGAGCAGCCGGAAGCAGUGUGCGAUUACAUUUUCAAUGUUUGCCAGAUUCUUCUGAAGGCAUUCUUAAAAGAAUAUAUGUACAUGUUCACAAGUGUCGAGCAUUGGAGUCAUGUUGUUGAAUUCUUUGCUGAUUUUUUGCAGCUUGCUUUGCGUUUAGCUUGUGCGGAUCUUGCACCGUACGGAAUCGAGGUUCUGAAAAACUUUUUAUGGCUUGGAGUUGCUGAGGAUGACGAUGCGGUUCAGCAUGGCGUUGUCCCAUUGAUGGCUAAAUGGCAAGAUGAAGAUCCUCAUAAGUACCGCAAAAUGAAGGAAGCUCUUUUUAACAUUCGACUUAUAAAGCACACUGGAUUACGUCCUUUCCUAGACGAAGUUAUAAGACGAUACCCCAACGUUAUUGACUCGGACGGCUUUCAAAGAUCUUCAAGUGACGAACCAAUGGACGAAGACCAAGAUAUAAUCGGACCAAAGUUGCUGAAACAAAGACCUAAAAACUCGGCUUCUUCGAAUACAGAGGAAAAAACAGACGCGGUAGCAACAGCGAGAGUCACCGAAACAAAAGAAAUUAAUCUUGAAGAGGAUUUGAAAAAUGACGAGCAAGCACCAACGCUCUUGAUUGAACAGCCUUCAUUAGAAGAAGUUAUUGAUGUAGAUUCUGCUGAAGAAGAAAAUUUCAAUAACGUGACGAUGGAAGAUCUUACAAAUGGAGGACACGAGAACUGA